AUGACAGUUUCUUCACAUACGUUGUAUGUCUCUUCACUCAGUGCAUUUUGUAUUCUACUCCUUGCAAAGCGAGGAAAUGCAGAUUUUACUACUACGAAGUGGAAUCCUGUACGAGGGAAUAAGUUCACAAUAGCAUGGAGCGGAACCAGUGAUGCGGGUUCCAAGAACUUAACUUUGAACGAUGCGGAUAGUUCUGGCAAUGAAUUCGCCCUUGUUCAAAAUAUUGCAACUGGUAUAAAUGGAGGUUCCUUCAGGUGGUUACCAUCAACCUCUAUACCCGAUGGUACAUAUGUCAUAAACCUCCACGAGACACCCAAUAAAGUGGAUGCGAAAGGCCUGAAAUUCAUCGGAAAAGCUUUUGUAUUUGGGAAUGCAAAGGCAAAUCAACCAGUGGUAGUAAGCUCCCCUACAACUACAUCUGGUGCCGCACAGGUGGUUCAGACUACAAAACCUACCACGACUUCUGGCAAACAAGAAAUAACUGUGCUGGCACCAACGACUAUUGUUAUUAUUUCUACACCGUCUUAUUCCGCGACGGUUGAGACGGUUGAUGAGCCCUUGACUAUAUCGACUUCUGCGCUUGUAGAAUCUACUUCUACUUCUAAUUUGGAAAGUUCAUCAACCACUGUUCUUUCUAGCAUACCAUCCAUUUUCACAACUAUUCUUACCUCUACCUAUUUAUCUACAUCGGCUUCCCAAUCCCACCUCACAACUUCCGCCUCCUCACCACCCCCCACAUCACCAACAUCCUAUCCCUCACCUCCAUCCUCUCCCUCAUCCUCAUCCCCAUCCCCCUCCCCCUCCCCCUCUUCCUCCCCCCUCCACCCCUCACUCAAAACCGCCCUCCUCCUCACCACCACCUGUCUCCUCCUCCUCACCAUAAUCUCCACCUACACAGUACACCGCUAUCUCCAACUCAAAACAGAAACUCUACUCGGCAACAAAAUAAACCAUGGAAAUCAAUGGUACCGGUACACGUACAAAUGGAAAUCCAGAAAUAAAAAUGGAAAUAGAGGACAUGAAAAGAAAGGAGAAAAUGAAAAGAAAGUUAAGGUGACAAAAGUGAUGAAAGACCCAAUAUUUUAUGAUGGGCAGAAAAAAGGUUGGGUGUUGAGGGUAAAUAGUGUACCGGUGGAAUUGGGGGUUGAGGGUAAGGAUAAGGAUGAGGGUGAGGGUGAGGGGAAGAUGUGGGUGUAG